AGAACAAAUAGCUGCCCUGCUCAUUAAAUCAAACAGCACCAGGUACGGAGCUUGUGCUACAGGAUGGAAAUCAAUGUGUAUCCUCACCAAGCCUUGAGCUUUCCAGGCCCUCAUGAACUCUAUUUUAAGAACCUCACAAAAAAGAAAAAGCAAAUCAUGGAGAAGAAAGAGAAUAACCGAAAGCUUCGGGUUUGUGUUGCUACUUGCAACCGUGCUGAUUAUUCUAAACUUGCCCCGAUCAUGUUUGGCAUUAAAAUGGAACCUGAGUUCUUUGAACUUGAUGUGGUGGUACUUGGCUCUCACCUGAUAGAUGACUAUGGAAACACAUAUCGCAUGAUUGAACAAGAUGACUUUGACAUUAACACCCGGCUACACACGAUUGUUAGAGGGGAAGAUGAGGCAGCCAUGGUGGAGUCAGUAGGCCUCGCCCUUGUGAAGCUACCAGAUGUCCUUAAUCGCCUAAAGCCUGAUAUCAUGAUAGUUCACGGAGACAGAUUUGAUGCCCUGGCUCUGGCUACCUCUGCUGCCUUGAUGAACAUCCGAAUCCUUCACAUCGAAGGUGGGGAAGUCAGUGGGACCAUCGAUGACUCUAUCAGACACGCCAUAACGAAACUGGCUCAUUAUCAUGUGUGCUGCACCCGAAGUGCAGAGCAACACCUGAUAUCCAUGUGUGAGGACCACGAUCGUAUCCUUUUGGCAGGCUGCCCCUCCUAUGACAAACUUCUCUCCGCCAAGAACAAAGACUACAUGAGCAUCAUUCGGAUGUGGUUAGGUGAUGAUGUAAAAUCUAAAGAUUACAUUGUUGCACUACAGCACCCUGUGACCACUGACAUUAAGCAUUCCAUUAAAAUGUUUGAAUUAACAUUGGAUGCACUUAUCUCAUUUAACAAGCGGACCCUAGUUCUGUUUCCAAAUAUUGAUGCAGGGAGCAAAGAGAUGGUUCGAGUGAUGCGGAAGAAGGGCAUCGAGCAUCAUCCCAAUUUUCGUGCAGUUAAACAUGUUCCGUUUGACCAGUUUAUACAGCUGGUCGCCCACGCUGGUUGUAUGAUUGGGAACAGCAGCUGUGGGGUACGAGAGGUUGGUGCUUUUGGAACACCUGUGAUCAACCUAGGGACACGUCAGAUUGGAAGAGAAACAGGGGAGAAUGUUCUUCACGUCCGGGAUGCCGAUACCCAAGACAAAAUAUUGCAAGCACUGCACCUUCAGUUUGGUAAACAGUACCCUUGUUCAAAGAUAUAUGGGGAUGGAAAUGCUGUUCCAAGGAUUUUGAAGUUUCUCAAAUCUAUUGAUCUUCAAGAACCACUACAAAAGAAAUUCUGCUUUCCUCCUGUGAAGGAUAACAUCUCCCAAGAUAUUGACCAUAUUCUUGAAACUCUCAGUGCCUUGGCUGUUGAUCUUGGUGGGACGAACCUCCGAGUUGCAAUAGUCAGCAUGAAGGGUGAAAUAGUUAAGAAGUAUACUCAGUUCAAUCCUAAAACCUAUGAAGAGAGGAUUAAUUUAAUCCUACAGAUGUGUGUAGAAGCCGCAGCAGAAGCUGUCAAACUCAACUGCAGAAUCUUGGGAGUAGGCAUUUCCACAGGUGGCCGUGUAAAUCCUCGGGAAGGAAUUGUGCUGCGUUCAACCAAGCUGAUUCAAGAAUGGAACUCCGUGGAUCUCAGGACCCCCCUGUCUGACACUCUGCAUCUCCCUGUGUGGGUGGACAACGAUGGCAACUGUGCCGCCCUGGCAGAAAGGAAAUUCGGUCAAGGAAAGGGCCUGGAAAACUUUGUGACGCUUAUCACAGGCACAGGAAUUGGCGGGGGGAUCAUCCAUCAGCAUGAACUGAUCCAUGGCAGCUCCUUCUGCGCUGCGGAGCUUGGCCACAUCGUGGUGUCCCUGGAUGGACCUGACUGUUCCUGUGGAAGCCAUGGGUGUAUUGAAGCAUAUGCCUCUGGGAUGGCCUUGCAGAGGGAAGCGAAAAAGCUCCAUGACGAAGACCAGCUCUUGGUGGAAGGGAUGUCAGUGCCAAAAGACGAAGCCGUAGGCGCACUCCAUCUCAUCCAAGCUGCGAAACUUGGCAACGCGAAGGCCCAGAGCAUCUUGAGAACAGCUGGAACGGCUCUGGGUCUUGGGGUUGUAAACAUCCUCCACACCAUGAAUCCUUCCCUUGUGAUCCUCUCUGGAGUGCUAGCCAGUCACUAUAUCCACACCGUCAAAGACGUCAUCCGCCAGCAAGCCUUGUCCUCGGUUCAGGACGUGGACGUGGUGGUGUCAGAUUUGGUGGAACCUGCCCUGCUGGGUGCGGCCAGCAUGGUUCUGGACUACACGACUCGCAGAAUCUACUAGGCCUCCCAGGCGUGGAGGUGGGCCAAGCCUCGUGAGCUCCUUGGUGGAACCAGGUUGUCUUCUAGACGAGCAUUUCUUAGAAAGCAAAUUUGGUAUUUAAAUUUGUUCUUUGGCAGGCGACUUUGGCAGGGAAGUUUUGCUUUUAGUCUCCUCUUCCAAAGUCAUUUUCCCAGCCCUCACUUUUAUAGAUGCUGCUCUUUCUGGGGUCACUUCAGCUCAAACCUGUAUUGUAGGUACCAGUCACGGUCUUCUGUGCCAAAAGGAACUACAGUAGUAGAUGAGGAAGCCUUCGGACUCUGCUUACUGCAUGUACCACUCAGACCUGCGGGCCUUGCUUGGGGUAUGACUUUGAUACUGGAGUUUGGAUUAUUAAUCCUUCCUCCUCUGACCCAAAAUUUAGAACACAGAAAGGGGUCCAGUCAGGGAACAGAAGGAAAUCUCACCAUGAAAGGCUUAAGUGAACAUUUUAAAAAGUUUUAUUGAGGUAUUUUUUAAAGUGCACAAUUUGAUAAGUUUUGAUGUAUGUAUAUACCUGUGAAACCAUGACCGUAAUCAAGACAUUAGACGUGUCUCACUCCCAAGCGUUACUUGUUGAAAGAUGCCAUUUGUUAUUACUCUUGCAGAAUCGUGAGCAACUUUAGACCAGGAAUCUGAAUUACAGUGGCCUUAGUGAUCUUGUCCUUAUCUUCUUAAGGACAGCUGAGAAGCCACUAGGACUUACAGCCUCUGAAAGGAGAUUAACCAUCCCAAAAGGAUCUUUGCUACUGACUGGCAGGCACCUCUCCCUUCAAGAGCUUUUCAGACUAUGCUGACUGUGAUCCUGGAGUGCCUGUACAUACGGCAGUGUUUGCUGUGUGUCAUACCUCAGGCCCACAUCUGUGAAUCUGCAUUCUUGCUAAGUAAGAUUCCAUGCUUGCACUGGUGUCAAGAUACAAAGGCCAGGGUUCUUGCUAUCAGUUUCAACCUGAAAGAAACACUAACAGCCACCAUUUUUUAAGUGCCUAUUGUGUGCCAGGCUCUGAACUUGGUGCUUCAUACACAUUAUUGUAAGUUCUCACAACCAGUAAGGUAGGUGUUUUAAUUACCAUUUUAUAGAACUAAGUCUUAAGUGGCGUGCCGAAAGCCAUGUGGCUAGUGAGUCUUAGAGACGGGAUCUGAUCCUGGGUCCCUCUGUGCUCUUCUGCUAAGCCACACAACCUCUGUUCGCAUUAAAAACUUUCAAAGGGCAAAAUAUAUUCUAAUUUACUACAGGCUACCAAAAGCUUUCACGAGAAUGCCUGCUUAGUAAAUGACUCGAUUUAUCUGUGACAUUGUCUUCUCAGAGGUGUUUAAUAAAAUAUUCCUGUAUGCUGUGGAAAUGUUGCCAGUACAGUAUUUGGUCUAGUGGCAGGUUUUUAUGGGUACUUUCAGAUGAUCUAAAAAAGCAGAUGCUUUUUAGAUUAUUUUAGGGAAACCUGAAGGUUUCUACAAAAUAGAGGAAUCAGUAUCUCAUGUGAACUACUUCCUUCCUAGUGGAUUAAUGUUAAAAGAUAGGCUCGCUGAUUCCUAGAACUUUAUCAGCUCUGAAAUAAUCUCCAGGUCCUGGUUAUUUUUGAAAUGUUCCUCAUUGAUUCCUGGAAAGGAAGCUAGGUGGCUUGGCCAUCUGUCUGGGGUGAGCUGGGGUACUUGGAAGGGGCAUCAGGUGUUCCUUGGUGAAAUCUGUAGCCAUUCGAUACACCAGACAGUUGCAUUGCUACCAAGUUUCAUACCAAACAUUUGGAAGGAUGGUAUUGAAUCUACAACCAAAUCUUAGUUUUUAUUAAAUUAAUGGAAAGGCUAAAAUAAUAUAUUCCAACAUAAUUAUUACAUGUAGUUAAAUGAUCACAUCUUAAUUUAUUUUAAUGUAAAUAUUUUUAUGUUACUGUUCUGAGUCAAAUUCUAAAGAAAAAAUAAAUAUAUUUCCUU